UUUUGUCUCUCCGUUCUUACAAUCAAAGUCAAAGUCAAUCAUCUGAUCAAAAUUGUACAAAAAUUUUUGCUUCAGUAAAAUUAUAUUCAAAAUAUUCUGUUUUAUUUCGUGAUAAUCCUUCAUUCCCCGAUAAAUUGGAUUUUCAAUUACUGGACCUAUCACAAAAUUCUAAUAUUUCGAAUAUAAAAAAUGAAUUUGAUAAAGAUGAAUCGCAAGCUGUUAUUUCAAGAUUACUAGCUUGUAAUCUAGGUAUUUGUUCCUUAUUUGGCAAAAUGGAUAAUUUAGAUUUUCCUAUACAAUUAAAUCUUAUUGAAGUCAAUAACAUUCCAAUUGCAACUUGUGUCAUUUUAUUCGGUAUAACCAACAAUUUUGCAAAUAUUCAUCAUGAUAAUAAUUCAGUGAAUAACCAAAUCGAUGAAAACCUUAUUAGAAGAGUUCAUUUAGGAUCUAUUGUUUCAACUAAUACUUGGAUUUGUUAUCAAGGAUGUAAUGGGAUGCAAUUUUUAAAAGUUUUGAAAACUUUUAUAAACGAUGAUGAUACGAAAUUAUCAGUUUUAACAAUCAAAAAUACAAUCGCAUCAUCAAUUGAACCAGAGGAACAUGUUUCAAAAAUUUCUGAAUCAACAAAGAUUAAAAUUACUAAUGAUCCGAACGUGUUAUUUGUAAGAUGUCAAAUGGAUGGUCUACAAAAGAUUUACCAACCUGUAUUUUAUGAACCAAAGCUUCAGGAUAAAUCUAAAUGGUUGGAGAGGAUAUUUAAACAAAUUGGAGGUUUAGAUGAUAUUAUUUUAGAAAUUAUUGAACAAAUUCAUACUUUUAUUGUGACUGCACUGCGUGGAAAAUUUAGAAAAGGUGUGAAAAGAAGUAAAGGUAUAUUGUUGGUAGGCAAAUCUGGAACAGGCAAAACAUCACUUGCCUUGUGUAUAGCUGGUAUGGUUGAAUACUGUUGA